AUGUCGUUCUCAAACUUGGUAUCCGACAUUGCCUUUCGCGAUGCGCGUGUCGACGAUGGCAGCUCACAAAUUUCACAUGCCCGAUCGCACGCGACCGCUCGGUCGUAUACCAGCACCGCCGCCACAAGUGUCAGCAUCUCCGGUGAAGUUUCCAGUCAGCUGCAUUCUGGAUAUAGUCACCCCCUGAGCAGAGCAUGGCAAGCCGAGAGACAAUUGACCAAGGACAUGCUUAUCUAUCCCUUGUUCAUUACUGAUAACCCCGACGAGGAUACACCAAUACCCUCCUUGCCUAAUCAACACCGCCGUGGAAUUAACCGCUUGGUCCCUUUCCUUGCCCCAUUGGUCCGCAAGGGUCUGCGCUCGGUGAUGUUGUUUGGCGUUCCUCUUCAACCCUCAGCCAAGGAUGCUCUCGGAACUGCUGCAGAUGACCCAGAUGGCCCGGUGAUUCAAUCCAUUCGACUCCUUCGAUCUCGUUUCCCCCAGCUUUAUAUCACGACGGACGUAUGCCUCUGCGAGUAUACAUCGCAUGGCCACUGUGGUAUUUUACGAGAAGAUGGGACUCUCGACAAUGCGCAAUCCGUUGACCGGAUUUCUGAUGUGGCGAUUGCCUACGCAUCAGCAGGGGCCCAUUGCGUUGCUCCGUCAGACAUGAAUGAUGGAAGGAUCCGGGCUAUUAAGCUCAAGUUGAUCGAAGCCGGUGUGGCCCACCGUGUGCUCUUGAUGUCAUACAGUGCCAAAUUUAGCGGCUGUUUAUACGGUCCAUUCCGGGAUGCGGCUGGUUCCUGUCCCUCAUUUGGAGAUCGUCGGUGCUACCAACUUCCCCCUGGUGGUCGUGGUCUCGCCCGCCGUGCGAUACAGAGAGACAUGGCCGAAGGUGCUGACAUCAUCAUGGUGAAGCCGGCUAGUAGCUACCUUGAUAUCAUUCGUGAUGCCAAGGAUUUGGCACCGGAUCUUCCAGUGGCAGCUUAUCAAGUCAGUGGUGAAUUUGCAAUGAUUCAUGCAGCUGCCAAGGCAGGUGUUUUUAACCUCAAGGACAUGGCCUUCGAAAGUACUGAAGGCAUAUUAAGAGCGGGCGCUGGGAUUGUGAUCAGUUAUUUUGUCCCAGAGUUCCUUGAUUGGCUUUAG